UAAGACUGGUUUAGGAGUUUCUAGAGUUUAUACACACACUGCUUUUUAAAAACGCAUAUAUUCUCUGUCUUUGUCUCUUCCACUUCAGCAUAAUUUGAGCAUCAAUGGCGAUUACGUUUUCAAACCUCCACAGAGAGGAAGGUCUCAAAGCCGUCGAGGAACACCUCUCUGGAAAAACUUACAUCUCCGGCGAUCAGCUUUCAGUGGAUGAUGUGAAGGUUUACGCUGCCGUGUUGGAGAAGCCAGGUGAUGGCUUCCCAAAUGUUAGCAAGUGGUAUGAUACCGUUGCUUCCCACCUCGCUAAAAGUUUUCCCGGGAAAGCUGUCGGAGUGAAAAUUGGUGGCUGUGUUUCUCAGUCUGGAGCUCAGAAAGCUGAGGCACCUGCUACUGCUGGAGCUGAUGCUGAUGAUGACGAUGAUAUUGAUCUUUUCGCUGACGAGACUGAGGAUGAGAAAAAGGCUGCAGAAGAGAGAGAAGCUGCUAAGAAGGACACCAAGAAACCUAAGGAGAGUGGAAAGUCGUCUGUGCUUCUUGAUGUAAAGCCGUGGGAUGAUGAAACCGAUAUGAAGAAGUUGGAAGAAGCUGUCCGUAGUGUUCAGAUGCCUGGUCUUUAUUGGGGAGCUUCGAAAUUGGUACCGGUUGGUUACGGGAUAAAGAAACUCACGAUUAUGAUGACAAUUGAGGAUGACCUUGUCUCUGUGGACAACCUCAUUGAAGACCAUCUCACCUCAGAGCCUAACAACGAGUACAUCCAAAGCGUCGACAUUGUCGCUUUCAACAAGAUUUAGAAGGAAAGUAUGUCGCCGAGUUCACAGUUUUAAGUGUUAUUCACGGUCUUCUUCUUGUCCUUCUGUCCUACAAAUGGCUUUCGUGUGUUUCUCUAAAUCGUUUCCUUCAUGUUGCAAAGAGCAACUUUGGUGUUUAAACUCUAAGCUUCACUCAGAGUCUCUUUAACUCUUGCAAGACGAAAUGCUGUUAAAUUAAAAUGUUGUUGGCUUGUGGUA